AAAACACCCUUAUUCGAAUCAUCAGCUUCUUCGGUUCGGCGCUCGCUAUAGAUGGAGCGGGAAGUGAUAGAAGCAGAGCUAGUACUGCCAACUCACAUGAAAUUCAAGAAGAUUCAGAUGUACGACAAGUACCCCAAAGGACAGGCUAGAGGCCGUCAUUGGAAGCAUCUCAAGCAGAUCAUUCAAGCUGAAAAUUACGAUAAUUAUCCUCCUCACCUACCUACUUAUGUUAACAUUGAAUCACCACCUUCUAUGCAUCCAUGCAAAAAGAUAUGCGACGUAACAGGAUUCGAGGCACCAUAUUUUGACCCAAGAACUAAACUCCGUUAUGCUAACACCGAGGUUUUCAAGAUAAUAAGAUCGCUUCCUAAUGACUAUGUUCAGAGGUAUUUGUCUCUCAGAAAUGCAGCUGUUGUUUUGAAAUAGGUGCAGUACGAGAAAUAGAUAGUUGAGAAAUUUCAGUGCCCUUUUCCAUUUUCAACUUCAUAAACGGCAAAAUUAUUGUCCAUGACCAAUUGACGAAUAUCCGUAUCUGAAGGUAGAAGAGCAUUGUACGCUCUCUCAACAGCAAUCAAAUUUGCAAUUUCUGUUGUCCCAAAAUAGUUGUACUGCCCUAAGGAGACACGGAGUUUUUGCAUUUUCCUGUUUUCCAAACCUUUGCAACAAGGAUUAUUCAUAAAACUAAGACUUACCAAGAAAAAAGAACUAGAAAAUUAGUUGUAUAUAAAGUUAGCGGAAACUAAAGAUUUGAUUAACGUACUCAUAACUGAUGAAAUGUUAUACAUGUGAAUUUUGCUUGUGGGGUGUUGGUAUUUA